AUGUCUGCUAUGGAUGUUGACGACGCGCCCGUAUCUAUUGCCUCAAGAUUUCAGGCACAAGAUCAGCAAACUGGUGCCACUAUUCUCUGCUGCAAUUGUGGCGCUCCUAUCGAUGGAACAACCUCCGCCGGCGCUCUCUGCUAUGAUUGCGUAAAACUUACUGUCGAUGUAUCGCAAGGUAUUCAAAGAGAGGCCACUGUACACUUUUGUCGAGAUUGCGAACGAUGGUUACUCCCACCUCAAACCUGGAUCCAAGCCUCACUCGAAUCCCGAGAACUCCUUGCCCUCUGCCUGAAGAAACUUAGAGGUCUACACAAAGUACGAAUUAUCGAUGCGAGUUUCAUUUGGACGGAACCUCAUUCUCGAAGAAUUAAAGUGAAGCUUACUAUACAAGAUUCAGUAUCGGAGGGUGUGGUAUUGCAACAAUCGUUUGAGGUUGAAUAUGUGGUUGCCUAUCAACAAUGUCCCGAUUGUGCGAAAUCUUAUACUGCAAAUACAUGGAGAGCUUGCGUGCAAGUCAGACAAAAGGUCCCUCACAAGAGGACGUUUUUGUAUUUGGAACAGUUGAUCUUGAAGCAUGGUGCACACAAGGACACUAUCAAUAUUAAGGAAGUUAAGGAUGGUUUGGACUUCUUCUUCGCAGCACGAAACUCAGCCGAAAAGUUUGUCGACUUCUUGCAUUCCGUGGCGCCUGUUACAGCAAAGAAGUCUCAGGAACUCAUUUCCAUGGAUAUUCACACAUCUACCAAAUCCUACAAGUUCUCCUUUUCCGUCGAGUUAGUUCCGAUCUGUAAAGAUGAUUUGGUUGCGCUUCCGAUUAAGUUAGCAAAGUCCGCUGGAAAUAUUUCCCCUCUUGGUCUCUGUUAUCGAAUUGGUAAUUCUAUCAACAUUCUUGAUCCACAAUCUCUUCAAACUGCCGAAAUCAGCUGUCCUAUAUACUGGCGUGCACCAUUCAAGCCUUUGGCCGAUGUCCAGGAAUUAGUGGAAUUCAUCAUUAUGGAUAUUGAGCCCCUUGGACCUACAAAGGGGCGAUGGGCGCUUGCCGAAGCCACUGUUGCUCGUGCAUCUGACCUUGGAUCUAAUGACAAAACCUUUUACACAAGAACCCAUCUAGGAAAUGUGGUUCAUCCUGGAGAUUCUGUCAUGGGAUACAUGAUGACAGGUACCAACUUUAACAAUCCCCAAUACGACGCUCUCGAGGAAUCCAAUAAUUAUGCAUCAAAGAUACCUGAUGUGAUGCUCGUCAAGAAAUUGUACGCAAGAAAGAAGAAGUCUAAGAACAGGAACUGGCGUCUUAAGCGUAUGGGCAAAGAGGAAGGAGAGGUCUUACCCAGAAAGCAAGAUCAAGAAAAGAUGGAUAGAGAUUAUGAGAUGUUCUUACAGGAUGUGGAGGAAGAUCCAGAGCUUAGACAAACACUUGCUUUGUAUAAAGCUCAACAGGCCCAGAAGGAAGCCGAUGCUAUGAGUGUGGCAGAGACUAGUGAUGGUGAAGAUGAGACGCCAAAGAUUGAUAUGAAUGAGCUUCUCGAUGAGUUUGAUGAGCUCAAUAUGCAAGAUGAUCAAUGA